CGUCGUUUCCGCGUGUUCGACCGCGUUCACGGCCGCAGGCUGCGUUUCGUUUCGUUUCAGUCCAUGUUCGAUGGCGUCGACGUUGGGUCUGGUGUCGCGACGUAAGCAGGCCAAGCCACAACGCCACCAGGAUCUGCCGAAGGGUGCUGCUCCACUGCCGCCGUCAGCGACGAUGGACGAAAUCGACGACGCACAGGCGAUGGACGCCUGCCCCAUCGACCUGUCCACCAAGAAGCUCGACCAGGCCCUAUUUGGCGAGCAACGCACGCGACUACUCGAAUCGCUUGCCAGUCUCACCACUCCGCAGAACAUUCUGUCGCUAUGCGCCCAACUAGCCGCCAAUCGCGACAUUCCGCGAUCCGCACAGUCGGAGGCGUCCGCCGCCCCUAUGGAGACGUCGGCUCCUCCAGCGCCUGCAGCCUCGCUCGAAUGUGCUGCAACGGGUUGUGAUCAGAAAUUUCCAUCGCGUGGGGCGCUCCUAUGGCACGUUAUGGAAAAGCAUUCAAACGAAAAACUACUUCGUUGUACACAAUGCGGGAUUCGCUUCGGCGAUCGGGACCAGAUCCGAGAACACGACUGUUCAACGUCGCUCCCUCGAGCAUCUUCAGCCGGAUGUAGCAGUUCACGCACCUCCAGUCCUGAUGCAGAUCGUGGCUCGGUGCCAGCUGAAGCGGGUCCGUCAUUCACCCUUGUCGAGAAAACCCGCACGCCACCUCCCCCGCCGGCCAUCUUUGGUCAAUUUUUUCCGCAACGACCGCCUGGAUUUAUGAACUCGGCGCCACCGUCGGGCUUGUUUCCAUUGCCAAUGCCACCGCAUUUUGCUAUGCAUAAUGCCCCACCUCCUCCAUUCUUUAUGCGAUCCCCGUUUGAAGCACGUCCUGAUUUUUUUGGGCCACGCCCAGAAGUGAGCAAUGAAGAUGACUGGGAAGCGUUGAUGGAGAUCUCAACUAGUGAUGAAGCGGAGAAAAUCCGAGCACUUGUAGGCGAUAAGGCUAUGCCAACAACGGAUCCUAAUCAGUGCAUACUCUGCCGACGAGUACUUUCGUGCAAGAGCGCACUCCAAAUGCAUUACCGUACGCAUACCGGAGAACGCCCAUUCAAGUGCAAAAUUUGUCAACGUGCAUUUACGACGAAAGGAAAUCUCAAAACACAUAUGGGUGUGCAUCGAGCAAAGCAUUCUUUCCGGGGUGUCCCAAUAGGUCUGGGAGGUCCUAUGGGUAACCCAUUAGGCGCUCCACUUGGUAUGAACGGAUUUCCACCAGGAUUACAGCCGACGCAACAGUGUCCCAUAUGUCAGAAGAGGUUUAUGUCUGGAGCUCAACUACAAAAUCACAUUUCGGAGCACACACAGGCUCUUACUGGUAGGCAUCUCACCCCUGCUUCGCCCUCUACACCCAAGCUGGUCCCUCAAGGACGACCAUUCGCCCCUCCUUUCUCGCCUCUGUUUCCAUUCUUCAAUCCCGGGAUUACGGGUGAUGCUCCCGCACCAUUCAACCUUGCCCAACUACUUGGUAACCAAUUAGAACAAAAACCAGAGGAGGAUGAGCCGAAACAAGAGACAAAAGAGGAGCCAAAACCAGAGCCCAACCUAAAGUUGUCUACCAGCACAAGUCUUGAGCUGCCAAAAGCCGAUCCUCCCUCGCUUUCCCCGUCAGGGAGCAGUGAAGCGUCAGCAUCUACGGAGCAGAAUCAUGAACAUACCGAUGGAUCCUCGAUAAGCAGAUCUGGAGAAUCUGACGCUGAUGAACGCAAGUCCCACCAGCAGUCGGAAAAUUCUUCGGUCACUGCAGCAGAACGACCUGUAGCACCAAGUACUCCAUCGCAACCAGUGGAAAAUCCUUUGGAGGCGAUGCAAAAAAUGUGGGCAGAAACUGAGCCACCACCACCGCGACAGCUCCCUGUUCUCUCCAAACAUCAAUGUGCAGUUUGCUUCAAGCACUUCAGCUCCAGUUCAGCUUUGCAGAUUCAUAUGAGGACACAUACAGGCGACAAACCCUUCAAAUGUGAGAUGUGCGGUCGUGCAUUCACCACUCGUGGUAAUCUGAAGGUCCACAUGGGAACUCAUAUGUGGCAACAGAGCCCUAGCAGGCGUGGUCGUCGAAUAUUCGAUGCCGGUGUGGGUGGAGAAGAAGCUGGACCUCGACCAGUUUCUUUACCCGGUGGCGGAGCCCUUCCUAUGCCUCCACCUCUUGCUUUAUUCGCUCCAGGUGCAGUGCCUAAUAUGGAAAUGAUGAUGAUGCUUUGGCGAACAGUUUGCUCUGUUUGUCAAAAGGUGUGCGCCUCUCCCAGUGAACUGGAACAACAUCUGAAGGAUCACCUGAACGGUUCACUUUCGAAUAGGGAAAAUACCACACCGCAAACAAUAUCAUCCGACUAGAUGUGAUCUUUGUUUUUUUGUGCAACUUUCGCAAUUUCACUCUUUCUCACUAAUUUAUUACUUUCCGGCCUUCGCACCGAGCAAUAGCCCCCCUUCGUAGUCGACGCGCGCGCUCCCGGUUAUACCCCAGCGUCCUCUUCUUGUCUUCAACUAUUCUUUAACUAUCCCUCCCGGUUUCUAUGGUCUCUUCGCUGUCCCGUUGUACUGAUGCAGUUACUUGACUUCUUGUCUUUGCGAAUCUCUAUCUGGAUAAUAAUGGUGUCUGAAACAUGUGCUGAUCAAGUAUUAAACCCAUAGUUUUAUGAUCUUCUUUGUGUUUUUCUCUGUGUUAUGUGUAUUUCUCAGUGUGAUUUUAUCGCUGAUUGCAGUCGUUGUUUGAUGAAGGUGCAGCACCCAGCUCUCCCAUACAAUCCCGAAUCUUGCUUGCAUGAUCUGACAACACAUACCCAUCUACUAACAGCUUUCCAACCCGUAAGCCUUCCCCGCGCGGAGGGCGCAUUCCUCCCGUCGUUCGCUCCUCAUACUGAUUCUUCCGCCAAGCUUUGUGCAAAUGUUCCACAUGCAUUUUGAUCGUUAUUUGAAUGUUUCUUUGUUAUAUGUGAUAUAAAUUUGCUAUGCUGCUGC